AUGGGUCGCAAAAAGCCCCGCAUCGCUAAUUCUCGCCGCGCCAGGCGUCCGCUUAAGCAAAAAUGGCCACCCAACCGGCAUCUCUUGCUUGAAUCAUAUCUCGACUUCACUUUACCCUUCGCGGCCGUUGAUCAGUCCCCGACCAAAAGAAUAUGCGACCGGCGCGCCGCUUCCGCUGUUACGUCCCAGACUGUAUAUCCCAAAACGACGAGCAAAGAUCACCCGUUGGCGCAUGGUCACCCGUACCCUCUUAACCCCAAAAUUGGAUUCCUUGCUAUGAUAGAUGAAACGGCCACGAUUGCACAGGAAAGUUCUGCGCCUGUGUCUGGGAACAAGAAGUCAUGUACGACUGGAAGCACGACCGAAGAGAGAAACGGCAUAACAAAGCUCAGGGAAGAUGAUUUUGCUCGUGCUAGUAGUGGGUGA